AUGGCCAACCAAGAAAAAGAAGACAAGACGACAAAGAUGGACGUCGAUCCAAAGAAUGAAAAGAGUGUCGAUGACAAGAAAAAGGACAAGAAGGAGGAAGAAGAGGAAUUGUCUGAAGAAGAUCAACAAUUAAAGAACGAGCUCGACAUGCUUGUAGAGAGACUUCAGGAAAGCAAUCGCGACUUGCAUCGACCCGCUUUGGAGCAAUUACGUACCCUUAUUCGCACGUCGACCAGUUCCAUGACCUCAGUACCAAAGCCUCUCAAGUUCUUGAGUCCUCACUAUACCACGCUCAAAGACUUGCAUGCAUCUUGGCCAGAGUCAGCCGACAAAAAAUUGUUUGCCGAUAUUCUUUCCGUGCUAUCCAUGACAUACGCCGAGGAAGGUCAACGUGAAAGCUUAAGAUAUCGUUUCAUUGGAUCAACUGAGGAAGAUAUUGGAUCGUGGGGUCAUGAAUACGUUCGACAUUUGUCAGCCGAGAUCAUGCAAGAAUAUGAAGCAAGAACCGAAAAGGAGGAAUCCACCGAUGACUUGGUCAAACUUGCUCUCUACAUUGUACCUUUCUUCUUGAAGCACAAUGCCGAAGCUGACGCUGUGGAUCUCUUGUUGGAACUCGAAUCAAUUGAAGAACUCCCUCAAUUCGUUGACAAGAACACCUAUGAACGUGUGUGUCUAUAUAUGGUUGGAUGCAUCACUUUGCUUGUCCCACCAGAUGAUUUGCGCUUCAUGAAGACCGUGCGUAAGAUUUACCAACAACAAGAGAAAUACGCACAGGCAUUGAACAUGUCAAUUCGCAUGCGUGAUAUGGAUCUUAUUCGAGAAGACUUUGAAUCCGCACCUGAUCGAUCAAUUAAGAAGCAAAUGGCAUUCCAGCUCGCCCGACAACAAAUCAACCUUGAAGUGGAAGAUAGCGAACUCAGCGAUUGUAUCAACAACACCCAUCUUUCCAAGCACUUUAUCGCCCUUGCUCGUGAAUUGGAUGUGCUUGAACCCAAGGUCCCCGAGGAUAUUUACAAGUCUCACUUGGAAACUCACAGAAUGACCUUCAGCGCCAAUGUUGAUUCUGCACGCAAUAAUCUUGCAUCAAGCUUUGUCAAUGGCUUUGUCAAUGCUGGUUUUGGAAGAGAUAAGAUGGUGGUCCCUGAUGCUGAAUCCACUAACAACUGGAUCUACAAGACCAAGGAUCAUGGUAUGAUCAGUGCUACAGCAUCCAUUGGUAUGAUUCUCUUAUGGGAUGUGGAAGCCGGCUUGUCUAUCAUUGACAAGUACAUGUACUCGACCGAUGACAACAUCAAGGCUGGUGCUUUGUUGGCUAUUGGCAUUUUGAAUUCGGGUGUGCGUGAAGAAGCCGAUCCUGCUUUGGCAUUGCUCACCGAACACAUUGAAGGCGAUAGUCUUACCAGCAAGCAGGCCGCCAUUUUCGGUCUUGCUUUGGCAUAUGCUGGUUCAGCACGACAAGAGAUUUCAGAGCUCCUCUUGCCCAUUGUAAGCGACACAUCUCUCUCUAUGGAAUUGUCAGGUCUUGCAGCCCUUGCUUUGGGUAUGAUCUUUGUCGGCACAUGUGAUGGUGACAUUUCCAGCACAAUUCUUCAAACCAUGAUCGAGCGUGAAGAAAACCAUCUCAAGGAUACCUGGGGCAGAUUCAUGGCUUUGGGUUUGGCACUUUUGUUCCUUGGACGACAAGAUGCUACUGAUGCUAUCAUUGAGACCCUCAAGGUGAUCGAACAUCCUUUGGGCAAGCAAGCCGAGGUGUUGGUGGAAGCUCUUGCAUAUGCUGGUACCGGCAACGUCCUCAAGAUUCAAAACAUGCUCCAUCUUUGCAAUGAUCAUUUGGACAAGUCGAAAGAAGAUGAUACCUUCCAAGCAUUUGCUGUACUUGGUAUUGCAUUGAUCGCUAUGGGUGAAGAUAUUGGAUCAGAAAUGUCUCUCCGUUCCUUUAACCAUUUGAUGCAUUAUGGAGAGCCAGUGAUUCGACGAACAGUGCCACUCGCUUUGGGCUUGCUUUGUGCAUCCAAUCCUUUGGUGAAUGUCCUUGAUACUCUUAGCAAAUACUCUCACGACAACGAUAAUGAUGUUGCUAUCAGCGCCAUCUUUGCUAUGGGUGUCGUCGGUGCCGGCACGAACAAUGCUCGUCUCGCUCAAAUGUUGCGUCAACUUGCCAGCUUUUAUCACAAGGAUGCAUCGAGUCUUUUCAUGGUGCGCAUUGCUCAGGGUCUAUUGCAUAUGGCCAAGGGUACAAUGACAAUCAAUCCUUUCCACACCGAUCGGCAGAUCAUGUCACCUGUUGCAGUUGCAGGUCUCAUGUGCAGUCUUAUCACAAUGACCGACUACAAAUCAUUUAUUUUUGGCAAGUUCCAUUAUCUUCUGUAUUCCCUUGUCACCGCCAUGUACCCCCGAUUCUUGAUCACAUUCGACGAAGACCUCAACAGCUUACCGGUCACUGUUCGUGUGGGUCAAGCCGUCGACGUUGUUGGCCAAGCGGGUCGACCAAAGACCAUCACAGGUUUCCAAACACACUCAACCCCUGUUCUACUUGCUCAUUCGGAACGUGCAGAAUUGGCAACCGAAGAUUACAAAUCACUGGCUCCUGUAUUGGAAGGCAUUGCACUAUUGAGACGUGUACAGGAAGAAGAAACCGAGUAG